AUGCUUCCGUUUGUUUAUAGCGGUGAUGGCGAUCGUUGUAGCAGCUAUGAUAAUGAAAGACGUAAUGACAGGUAUCGACGAAGUGGUUCAAGAGGGCAUUCUAGAUCCCGAUCAUGGUCCAGAGAUCGGCGACGUCGAAAUCGUUAUUCGAGAUCGCGAUCUUCCGGAAGGAGUCGUAGUAGAAGCCGUAGUCGCAGUCGUAGUUGUAGCCGUAGUAGCCAUGACCGUUCGCCGCGUCAGGAUUUCGACCGGAGACGUCGUUCAAUCGAUAGGGACAGAGAGGAGCCAAGAGAAUUUUCAAGCGCACUGCCCUACUUGUCUUCCAUGCAAGCCCAGUCACAAACUGAUAAAUACGCAUCACAUACGGCACUCUAUGGACAACCGCAUUACAAAAUCGUUAUGAAAAUGUUGCCGACCGAUUCACAGCGAGAUUCUCUAAUGGCACUCACAGCACGUCAAGGAUUUCGAGUGAAAGAUAUCCGUAUAAUUCACAAAGGUCCAGACCGUUGUUUCGGAUUCGUGGAAUUCGGAGAUGUGAAUAGCGCACAAGCUUGGAUGGAAUACAACAAGGGAACUUUGUUAUUGGAUGAUGGACGACCAGUUAAGUUAGAGUAUUCGCGUUAUGAUAGCCUGGAUGGGCGAUCAUCGGGUAUCUCUGGUUCAGGCGAUUGGAUGUGUGCAAAAUGUACCAUAAAAAAUUUUAAAAAUCGUGGAGCAUGUUUCAAAUGCAAUUUAACGCGAAUGGAAUCAGAUGGUUUGACCAGGAAAGGCUAUGCAGCAAUUGGUGUCGCAAAGUGUGAUACUCUUCUGCUCCGCGAAAUACCGUUAAAUUGUACGGAAGCUAAAAUUCAAGCAGAAAUGAAUCGAAUAUCUUCAUUGGACGUUUUACGUGUUCAUAUUGCUGAGUCGGGCCUUUAUGCUUAUGUUCAAAUGCGUAGUGCUGAUGACGCGGAAAGAAUUAUGCUAACACUAAACAAGAUACCUUUACUUAUCGAUGGUUGUGCCGUAAUGGUUACUUAUUCGAGAUUACCGUUGAAUACAGUUUUGUCAACAACGGCAGCUACCGAAUCAAUGCAAAAAACUGCAGAACGUAUUAAUCAGAUGCCUGCUUUUAGGCCAACAGCUGGACCAAGUGGUAAUGCUGGUGUAGAAGCAGCGCAGUUGGCCAUCGCAAAAGCACAAUUGAUUCGGCAGAUGACGAAUUCAAUGAUGAAUACCGGUGAUACGCAGGUACUACCGACAUAUUCUGCGGCGGCAACUGCAAUUCCACCAAUUCUUAAUCGACCUCCACCGCCAUUACCGCACGAGACAAAUUUCGUUGUUACCGAUUAUUUCAAAGAUGAGGCUGCAGCUGACAGAAAUUUUGUUUGUGUCGAUGAUAUAACCAAUCAGGAUUUACAAAGCGUUCCGUCUGGAGGAAGUGCACAAGGACCACCGGCGUCUUAUACCGGGCCACAAAUCAAAGGAGCCGUCGAUUUGGGCUUCAUAGAAACUCCCUGGGGACGUGCACCAAAUCCAACUAUGUAUCAGUUUGAACCGUCUUCCGGAUUGUAUUAUGAUCCAACAACAGGUCUGUACUAUGACAGCAAUUCUCAGUACUAUUGGGAUGCUAACGCACAGAAAUGGAAUUGCUGGAACGCAACAUAUCAAACAUAUAUACCGUGUGAUUUGAUGUCCCGACAAGUUGAAACCGGUCAAGAAAUUGUAACAAAUGAAAGUCAAAACGAAACUAUCGAGAAACAUACUGAAGCAGUGAAGGAAGAACCAAAAAAAGAGGCUCAAAAGACUGCGAAAGAUAUUGCGCGAGAAAUGGCACGUUGGGCUAAGAAACAGAGUAAAGUGUUAUUAGCUGUCAAAGCACCUCCAAAGUUGGAAACAACAUCACCUCUAGUAACUGCUGCCAAGCCAAAAAUAACUACCGUGGAACCAACUGCUGAUCUUACAUAUAAAAUGCUUGAAAAAACAAGUAAUCCAUUCGGCUCAUUCAGUGAUGAUGAUGAAGAGGAAGAAAUACCACCAGCAGCAAAGAUUGCAGCAAUUGGUGUAGGCCGUGUAGCAAUGAAUAGCAAAGGUAGAAAUCGUUUAACGCAGCACGCAGCUGAUUUACCACCGCCUUCAGUUGUUGAUCCAGUUAUUCCACCUGUCAAGACGUCACAGUCGGAUGAAAAUUUUGUUGAUAUUGAAAAAAAAUAUUGCAUUUUGUGCAGACGGAAAUUUGCAAGUUUAGAAAUUUUGAUGAAACAUGUUCGAUUGUCAGAUCUUCAUAAGAAAAAUCUGGAAGCACAUUUAUUAUCUCUCGAUGACAAUGCAUCAUUGUCGGUGCCAUCCGUGUCUACCUUGCAAGGUGCCUCAUCAUGUUCACUCGUUCCACAACAAUAUCGCGAUCGCGCAAAGGAACGUCGUAACUUGUUUGGAUUAGACCCAAGUGGUUUUACAAGUGAAAGUGUAGAAGUUGGGGCGGAUUAUGCGGUACGAUCUUCAGACAUUCCAAUCGACGACACAAACAUAGGAAAUAAGUUAUUAAAAUCGAUGGGUUGGCAAGAAGGAACAGGGAUUGGAAAGAACAACCAAGGUAUCAUAACACCAAUAGCAACAGAGAUGCGGGUGGAAGGAGCGGGAUUGGGUGCAGCUGGUUCAAGAGUACUGCAUGGUGCGAAUGCAUCAAGGCGAGAACGGGCACGUACUUCGAUGAUGAGUCGUUUUCAGGAUUUGCAGUAA